UUCAUGUUGUCAUUCUUCCUGCGAUGGCUGAAAUCGUGAUGUGUGAGCCGUUUGCGCUCUACAAUCUCCUGAACCAGUGCAGGUGUGUGCCAAGGCUGGCAGAGAUCAACUACCUCUGUUUGAUUGAUGCUCGUGAAUCCCAAGAUUACAACACGAGUCACGUCAUAACAGCUAAAAAUGCCACAGUGAAUUCAGAAGGCAAAUUCCUGCUGCCAGUGGCUGUGGAGGUUGACAGUAUGCAGCACAUUGUGGUCUACGACAGCAACACCAGCUGUUUACAGGAACAAGGCAGAGCAGUUGAAUGUGCCCAGGCCCUGGCUAAAGCUAGCCGCUAUCCAGUCCACAUAGUGAGAGGAGGCUUUCAGAGGUUCUCAGCUCUGUACCCUUUCUUAAGGACUGAGAAAAUUAUGUACACCAUCAUGGAGCUGGAAAACCUGAAGACGUAUCCAGUGGAGAUCAUAGUCGGACUGCUGUACAUGGGUGACCAGAAACAAGGCAUGGACUCCAGUGUCCUCAGAGACCUGAAAAUCAGCGCUGUCAUCAGCAUCUCACAGAGUGAUACUCUGGAAUCUAGAACCAUAAAGGGGAACCAGACCAUCCUUAACAUCACUGUGGCUGACUCGGUGUCAUCUGAUUUAUAUUCAAGUUUUGAACGGAUUUGUAGUUUCAUUGGGUCACACAUCAACAUGGGCUCUCGUGUCCUGAUAGUUUCCAGGCAGGGCAGAAGCCGCUGCAGCACUCUAACCAUUGCCUUUCUCAUGCACCACCUCAAAUACACACUGAAGGAGGCCUGGAAUUACAUGCUCAAAUGUAAACCUGACAUGAGACCAAACACAGGGUUUCUACAGCAGCUGUCUGACUGGGAGCUUCACACCAUGGGAACAAAAGUGACUGAUAUCUCUGAAUCUAAUUUUUAACAAAGGAAUGUGACUAGUUCAUAUUCAAUAAAGAUAAC